AUGGGAGCAACAGAUUCGAAACCAAUCACUAAGCUUUAUGAUCACUUCAGAUAGAUUAAUGUUUAUAACAAUGACUUUCCUGAGUGUCUAAUCCUAUAGCAUAAGAGAGAUCCUCAUCAGAAGUUGAUUCUUCGUACUUUGAACAUAACAGAUGAGAUUCACUUCAAGAAGGCUGUCCAACAAUACCAAGUAAGACAUAAAAUCAAUCAUUAAAAUGUGCUUAAUCUGAGCAAUUACUUUUACCAAUUCGAGUAAUAACUCUGUGGACAAUUCUACAAAGUCUACUUACUUUUUGAGUAUCCGACUGGCAAUUUGGAGUUAGUUCCAGCACUAAAUGAAACCCAAUUAGUAUCCUAUUUGAAACAAGCGAUUGUAGGAUUAGCAUGCAUGCAAAAAAAUGAGAUUCCGCACAAUUCACUGUAACUCAAAUACCUGUACCUGGUUGAUGACACAAUCAAAGUGACAGACCCAAUGUACUUUCAACAUAACACAAACUUUAUGUAAGUGCUCUAAAAUCCGAAUUGUUUGGAAUGCAUUUAUCUAUCCCCAAUUUUGGUGAAGUCAAUUCAAUUAAACAAUUGGUAACCAAAACACAAUGAACACAAGAGUGACCUAUUCACAUUGGGCAUGCUCUUCCUCCACUUGGCCUUAAAUUAACCAAGUUCCGAUUGUUACUCCUACGAACAAGGCCUACUAAUUGAGGAUGUUUUGAAUAGUAAACUAUAAAAAUUGAGGCAGAGAUAUGGACAGCAAUUCUGCGAUUGGAUAACAACAAUGUUAACAAUCAAAGAAGAUCAAAGGCCAGAUUUCUUAUAGAUGGAACAAUACAUCACUAAUUAAUAAGUUCAGAAUAAACAAUAAUAUAUCCCCAAUGUAAUUUAAAGGUAGAUCAUUAUAGAUCCUACAUAUUAAUCUAAUACUCUAUAAACAAUACAACAACAACAUCCAACUAUUGCCAAUACUACAAUUCAACCAAGCCUAACUUAAGUGAAUAGUCUCUAAUAGAUUCAAUCGAGAAGAGUUCAAUAAGUGUAGAACAUCGCACCACUAGAAUAUGUUCAUUAAUAUUCAAUUAAAACUGACACUUCAUAAAGAAGUCUCACUCCCUUAGGCAAAAUAUUAGUACCUCAAUAGUAACUGAUAGUAAGAGAUAAUAGAGAUAGUUCAGUCCCAAGACUCAGAGGAUCGAGACAUAGCAGCAAGGAUGUGAAUUAGACAUACACAUAUGCUAUACCAACAAUUCCCACAGAUUUGUCUAUACUUAGUAAUAAAAGUGGAUAGCACUAAUAAAUAUAUUUUCCUCCAAAACCUUUAUCUAAUAAAAUGUCAAAUACAAGAACAGCAACUUAGUAAUAAUCUAGAAUGAAUUAUACCACUUAAUAAGCACAGGAAUAUCAAUUCAGUAGUUAAAAGGGCAGCAAUAUAUAAAAGUAGCCUGCUCCAAUCCAGGCUCUGCAACCUGAUCAAUGUGACACUCUACACUUCAAAUAACCUAGUGAAACCAUAAGCAAAUAGUCGUAAUUUGAUGAAAAUAUAGACCCUCAACCUGAUGAAGAUAUCGAAUAAACCACCUAAAGAUAAGAAUAUUUCAAAUUUUCUAAAAUUCUUAGUGAUUCCACCAAUCUUCCUUAAUAAAUAACAGCCACUUAAACCAAGGAGUUUUCAUUACCAUAUGACAUCCCUUAAUUUAAGGCUGACAGUGUCAGUAGACCAGAGUUUGUAGUUGAGCAUUAUUCAAAUGGAUCUCGUUAUGAGGGAAUGAAAGCCAAUGGCAUGAGACAUGGAUAAGGAAAGUUUUACUAUCAAGAUGGUGGAUUGUAUGAUGGUGGGUGGAAAGAGAACAAGAUGCACGGAGAUGGCACACUCUAUUAUGCAACAGGACAACCUGCCUAUUAGGGACAAUGGAGUGAAGAUUAGUUUUAAGGUCAUGGAACUCUAUACAAUGAGCAUCCUUAACCAUUGCAAGAAUCAUUUGAUUACAGAGAUUUCGACAAUGUUGAAGAUUACUGGAUUAAGUAUAGUGGAAAUUUUGAUUAGGAUAACAAGGAAGGGUAGGGUACCCUCUACUUAACCAAUGGGGAACGAUUUGUGGGCACUUUCUAAAAAGAUUUUAUAAAUGGUCCUGGCAUAUUCUAUUGUAUGAAUGGAAAAAUCAUGGAUGGCAGAUGGAUAAACAACAAACUAGUUUAUUGA